AUGAUCUCAUGGUGCUUUCUACCGCGACUGAGAGCUGGAGAAAUUGAGGAAAAGCUCAUUCGGAAGUCAGUGGUGUUAGUGUUGGGACCUUCUGUCGAAAUAAGCAAUUUCAUGAUGAGACUUAAGCAUUUGUAUGUAACGGUCUUUUCUUUGGUCUUUUCGUCAAUAUUCUGCGAGGAACUAACUGACAAGACAAACAACUCAACAGUGCAUUACGACCCGGAAGCUUUGCUAAUUAAAAUUUUCAACUACAAUGAAACUAUAAAAAGCAGGGCCAAAUUCAAAUUCGAAGAUGAAAAUGACCAAGACCUUUAUUUCACUACCAACGGACCAACAAAUUAUAAAGGCAAUGAUAAUGUCCAAUAUCCUAAUGAAGAUAAUGGACAGAAAAUAACAUUCAAAGACGAUAACAGGGUUGGUAGAGUUAAUAAAAGGAGGAGACGCAAGCCAAGGUUGCAAGGACCUCAGGAAUUGGCCCCUGGAUAUUAUGGACCAUACGCACCUCAUAUACAACCACCUGGUAUUGGAGGUUCUCCGUUUUAUGGCCAAGAACCUAAUGGUAUUAAUAGGCCUCCUAAGCGACAAAGACCAUCGCUGGCAUCAGAAGCUCUUUCGUCUGUAAGCGAAGCUCUAACAUCGAUUGCGUUGUUCGACGAUCGGGAGUGCGUAGCGCGGCUGCUAUGCGAGGCCGCUAGCGGAGCCCCGGGCUCUGGUACGCUGCAUUCCAUCGCUGGAUUGCAGCCUCUACUUACGUUACUCUCUACUUACCGAGGCAUCAGUUCUAAUCCUCUCUUCGUGUUCGGCCGCGCUGCGUUCUUAGGGAUGUCGUCUAAGAACAAUCCCGCGUCAUGUCGCUAUGCAUAUCCCCUCUGCCCCACCGACCCUGAGCAACUGGUCUUCUACCUCAACAACCAUAACGGUGGCUUCUUCAGAUUCUUUAACGCGCCACAAAAUAACCAACAAAAUAUUAACCAAUUCUACAAUCAAUUGUCACAAAAUUACAACAACCAACAAAAUCAAUUCCCUCAAAAUGGAAAUACCAACUUUCUAUACCAACCUAACCAAAUAGAUGGUUAUCCAACACAAAAAUACGGGAAUAAUUUUCAUUAUAAUCAAAAUAAACAUGAUUCAUUAAACAAAAUACGAUUCAAGAAUAAUUUUGAAGAUAAUAAAAUAGAAAAGCGAAUUCAAAAUAGACCUGGAAAAUAUUUGGAUGAUAUUGAAGAUAACUUUUCUUUUGAAAACGUAGAUAGUAGUACUAAAUGGUCUUUUCCUGAGGAUAACGUUAGUACUAAUAACGUAAGAGAUGGUAAAGGUUUGAAGUUUCCAGAACAUUCUUACUAUGAUAAUAAUAUAAGAGAAUUCAAUAAAAGAGAUCCAAGAGGAUUUAAAUUUCCUGAUACUAGAAACAUUGAAUAUGAAAUAAACAUGUAUCAAGAAUUUAAUUCAAUGGCAAAUAACUACAAUUACUUAAAUUCAGAUAUUUAUAAAGGACACAAUAAUGAACAUGACAAGGAUCAAACUGUUAGAACAAUUUAUGUUGUCAGAGGUAAUGGCGACCCUAACCAUCCGGAAAUUAUUAAAUUGAGGCCAGGACAAACAAUAUAUUAAGUACUAGUGUAAUAUACUACUUAAUAAUAAGGUAGUUAUGUUUUAGACAUUGUUAUGUUGAUUGGAGUUAAUUCAAAUAUCGUGAUAUGCCCAGAUAUAUUUGUUCCAGUUACGAAUUAAAUUGCUUUAAAAUUACAAGUAAAUUUGU